AACUCUUCGCCGUAUUUUUUUGACACGUUGUUGUCGUUUUGCCAACACUCAGGCGAAAAAAGAAAUAAAAAAAAACUCAUUUAUUUUUACUUCAUUUAUAUUAACUCUAGAAUAAAAAUGGUUUUGCUGGACAACUCUUCGUUUAUUAUUAAACUUGAAAAAUUCGCAGUCUCUGCCAAAAAUGAUUCCUCUUUUAAGGUAACUUUCAAGCGAUUUAAUGGUCACAACAAACCAGUACCUAGAGAAGGGAAACCUCCACUGCCAGAACCUAAAAAAUAUCAGUGCCUGAUCAGAGCUCAAACGAAGUCGAAAAAGUUAUCCACCGUCGUGAAACAGGAAGAUGUCCCUAAAAUGAUGACGAUGUAUGCCCAAUUUAUGCGAAGCAAUAUGGAUGGUCUGAAGCGAGUGAAAAAAAUUAAAAGCAAGGCGAAGGCUGCUAAAGGUUAAAGUUAGAUUAUAUUAGACUUGAAGCUAAUGAAAAAAAAAAAAACAAAAGAAAAACAUGAAAAUAAUGAAUAUUUUCAGGUUUCCUAUUAAGUGAAUUUUAAUUUGAAUAUUUUAAUUAAUUAAAAACAAUAACAAAAAAAAGUAACAUUGCAAUUGAAACAAAAAAAGUUACCGAUUAAAGUGCAUUUUAAGAAUUUUCUAGUUA